AUGCUUAAACUUUUAGUUCAAACUUCUCCUCUCAGGAGGAGUAACAUACUCAGAGUGUCUGCAUCGCGUCACUUAUUUCCUAUGCUAUAUACUCCAUGCUUUCGUUCUUUUCAUCAAUCCCACCUUGUUCGCCAAGUGUUAAAGUCGAAAGAUCACACAGCACAAGCAACACAGGAACCUGCUCACGAACUUACACACGAAGAGCGUAAAUUAGCCCUUGAAAGAGAUAGAUUAAACAAGCCACUUAGGGAUCGUCAAGAGAAGCAAAAGUAUAGAAAUAGGACUGCAACCUAUUACUCUGCUGCAGUGGGUAUCUUUUUCCUAGCGCUUUCAUUCGUUGCGGUUCCUGUUUAUCGUGCCAUUUGUCAGCGUACAGGAUGGGGAGGUAUUCCAAUCACAGAUGCCACGAAGUUUACUCCAGAUAAGGUGAUUCCAGUUGAUACAAAUAAGCGUAUUCGUGUGCAGUUCACUUGUCAAUCUUCGGGUAUUUUACCAUGGAAGUUUACUCCAUUGCAAAGAGAAGUUUAUGUUGUUCCAGGAGAGACAGCAUUGGCAUUCUAUAGGGCCAAAAAUAUGAGCAAAGAGGAUAUUAUUGGAAUGGCAACUUAUUCCAUUACUCCGGAAAAUGCCGCUGGAUAUUUCAACAAGAUUCAAUGUUUUUGUUUUGAAGAGCAACGAUUGAGUGCUGGUGAAGAAGUUGAUAUGCCUGUUUUCUUCUUUAUUGACCCAGACUUCUCUAAGGAUCCAGGAAUGAGAAAUAUUGAUGAUAUUGUGUUGCAUUAUUCAUUUUUCAAGGCGGCUUAUUCAGAAGGUGAAUUGGCGGCAGUUCCUGUGGGCAAUGCGGAUUUGAAAGCAACUGUGGGGUAA